CAAAGACCCAGAUAAAAGCGACAGCUUCGUCUGGUUUCUGUCACGAUGUUUUCAAGACGAUCACAAAACCAUACCGAUACGGGAGAGUUGUCUAACCUUGGGCCGAGGCGAUGGCGUGGGGUACCAGAUCAGGGUUCACCGAUAGAUAGCAUACGGCGAGCAUACCUUAGCGGUUCGCGCAAAUGUUUAAGAUAUCUGCGGCCAUCGAUAGCGAUUCGCAUGUACAAUUAGCGACUGGCCCAAAAUGGAUAGCGAUUCGCGUGCACACUUUAGUGAAUGUCAGAAUUCGGCGCGGUUUGAAAAUAUAGGUUUAUAUGACCCAGGUUGAGGAGUCGAGAUUGGAAAAAAAUCGUUUAAAUUUCGUUUUUUAUGUAAUUGGAAAGUUGUUGCGCACAAAAGUGAUGUGAAAAUUAAUGUUCAUGAUUAUAAAGCAUAAAUUUAUUGAUUUUCAGCGUUGGUUAAAAAAAUAAUAACAAAACUAUGUGAAACAUGAGAAGAACAGCCAUGUGGAGAAUUCAAACAUGGACGUAUAUACACGAAUUCAAAACUGAUGCGAUCUCGAAAAAAAAUCCGUUAAGGUAAUGAAAAUAUUUAGCAUAUUGGUCCAGCAACCGAAGCGUUCACAGUUUUACCAAGCGAUUAACAAUCAGAGCAUCAUUUGCGGUUUCAUUAUACAUUCCUUCGUUGUUUUUGGUUUUGGCAAUCAUCCUUUUAAAGGUGUUUGGCUACGAUAGGAGCUCUUGCUUGUUGAAGUGCGCCCGUGCAACAUUUUUAUUGUCGGUAAAUUUGUUUUAUUAACGCACCGUGAAAGAAUACAAUAUGAAUUCCAGCCAAAGCUCUGUACAAGAGGAAAAUGCAAGCAGCGCUAUGCAAGCACCUCGCCGCCGAAAAACUACCAGCAACGAAGAUAGAGAGCGCGUGGUAACGGCGUAUGAAAACGGAGCCACUGCAGCUACGAUUAGCGAAAUGUUUAAUUUGAAAAAACCGACUGUCCAUGGUAUCAUCAAAAAAUACCAAACCCAAUGGCAAAUCGAGGCAAAGAAGCGUGGUGGCAACAGAUCUAAACUAUUGUCGCAGCAAGCCGUAAAUGAUAUUCGGAACUGGAUCGACGAGGACUGCACGGUGACGCUUAAAGCACUCGCAGAGAAAGUAUUCGAACAACACGGUGUUCGAGUUUCGUCCACAACCAUAGCGAGGGAAAUAAAAGGAUUCAACUACUCUCUGAAGAUGGUCAAACUGUUACCGGAGCGACGCAACACACCAACGACUGUCGAAGAAAGGAAACAUUACGCUACACAAUUUUAUGAAAUUGCGCGCGGAAUUCCGGAUAAUGGAUUAAUCUAUUUAGACGAAGUAGGAUUUAACGUCAGUAUGCGUACGCUAAAAGGACGAUCGCAGAGAGGAACACCGGCCACCAUCACCGUUCCACAGUUAAGGACUAGGAACAUCUCCAUCAUUUGUGCUAUGCAUCGGUACGGCGUGCUGCUUUACACCACACAAACUCGAUCCGUAAACCGUGAACGGUUUAUACAGUUUAUUGAAGAACUAAAGCAAACCCUGCGAUCGAAGAACAUUAACAGCAGCUACUUCAUAAUGGAUAAUGUAGCUUUCCACAAAACACCCGCACCAGUGGAAGAAUUUUGUGAGGCGAAGCAAUCCUUCAAAUGAGGAUCAAUUGAUGGAAGCGAUUCGGAAUGGAUCCAGGCUAAUAACCGCACAGGAUUGCGAUGGCUACAUUUCGAAUAUGUGGCAAUACAUGUCCCGUUGUUUGAGGGGCGAAGAAAUUUUAGAUUAAGUUAUGUAUAAAUAUAUAUAAGAUUAGAAAGGAAGAUUUUAGUUUUAAUGUGUAACAUAUUGUACUGACGAUUCUUAAAAUAUAUGGAUUCCAGCUUUGACUGGAAUUCAUAUCUGCAAGCAAAAAGUAAAAAGAACGAUGUGUGUCUCAGUUGUUUUGCUUCAGCACAUACCGCUAUUGAUACUCACUGUAUUCUUUCACGGUGCGUUAAUAAAACAAAUUUACCGACAAUAAAAAUGUUGCACGGGCGCACUUCAACAAGCAAGAGCUCCUAUCGUAGCCAAACACCUAAUAAACACUCAAAUUCAAUUAGAAUUCUAGUUGUAGCACUUUUUAAUUGUGCUGAAAUUCGUACCUUUAAAAGGAUGAUUGCCAAAACCAAAAACAACGAAGGAAUGUAUAAUGAAACCGCAAAUGAUGCUCUGAUUGUUAAUCGCUUGGUAAAACUGUGAACGCUUCGGUUGCUGUACCAAUAUGCUAAAUAUUUUCAUUACCUGAACGGAUUUUUUGAUGAUGAUGCUCUGAUUGUUAAUCGCU